AGCUAGAACAAUAUGGCUCCAGUUUGUAAGAAAAUUUAUUUCCCAAUCUCAUUCGUUUUUCUUUUAAGUAGAUCUCUUUUAUAAGUUUCAACAGUAUCAUGGCGUUUUUUGAUGAUCGUAAGUUUCUUCUGUACCACAUACGUCACUCUUAUAUCACGUGUGAUGACACUGGGAUCAGUGAAAUGGUGAUGUUGAACGAACCAAUAGACAGUGCUGCUGUUAAAGACAACGGCGAUUGUGAUGACCCAGUCAGGUCUGUGGUCAGCAUGCCAGACUACUACGAAAAUGCUUUAGACGUUGACCUUACAGAAAUGGUGCAGUCGUGUGAUAUUGUUUCUGACAUGGAAUUUAUUGGAGCACAUCGUCGUCGGUCCAACACAGCUCAGCGACUGGAGAGAUUAAAGAAAGAAAAAAAGAAUAAUGCAAAAGUAAAAAACAUAACCUGGAGAUGUCCCACAACUUUGACUGGUACUUUUGAUUUUUUAUCAGAUGACAGAAUUAUGAGUGACGGAGCACAGAUAAAGAAGAUCAGGAUAUUUUUAACUAUGCAGACUCCAGAGGAACAGGCCUACCCACUGGAAGUGAAAACUAUGAUUUCAGCUAAAGUACAAGAUCUGAUUGGUCUGAUUUGUUGGCAAUAUACAAAUGAAGAAAAAGAGCCCAAAUUAAAACCAAAUGUUGGCUACUACUGUCUGAAAAUAGCAGAAGAAAAUGGAGAAGUAGAUGAGGACUUUCCCAGUCUGAAUCCGAACGAACCUGUUUCAAAGUUUGACUUCCCAGUGUUAGCACUGGUAGAACAGGAGAAAGAGGAUGAUGCAGAGCCAGUAAUUACAGUCCACAUUGAAGACCAGUUUUCUAAGAUUCAGGUAACGACUUUGAACAUCACAGUGCAACAAGUAAUAGAGCAAGCUCUGAAGAAAAGGAAAGGUAUAUCGGGAUUGGAGUAUCGAGUAGAAAAAUAUCAUGAACCUGGAGUAACAGUUUCACUCCAAUCUCAACUUGCUGAUAUCGGUACUUUAGAACUAGCUGUUAUUUGGGAAGAUGAGUCCAGUACAGAAGAUGAGUUGGACACUUGGAAUGGGCAGGAAGAAAUGACUGCAGUGGAAGCACCCCUCUUUCAUUCCUAUUCCGUGUCUGCUAUCCACAAGCUUGGCAAGAACUCGGAAGUGCAUCUUGGUAUAUCUGGUGAGAAAGUAGAGCUCAACCCCGUCCCUCAUAAAGGGACAGCAAAGUUUUGGACCUGGCAGCAAAAAGCUGUGACUCUGGAUGUGGAGCAUAUUGCAGCAUGUGAGAUGUUGAACAGGAAGUGUAGUGUGGGAUUAGGAGUUUUUAAGUUAGUCUACCAAGUGGAUCAAGACUACAAGAGUCAAGUGUUUGAGACUGAAGCUCGCAAGGCCCAGGAGAUAGUAAAAAAGCUUCAAUACAUUUUAGAAAUGCGUUCAAGUUCUGUGUAUAAGGAAUACAAAGCUACGAAAGAGAGAAAACUUCAUCGGAAGCAUCAGAAGUCUCUGAGAUAAUAGAAACAAUUAUUGUUUAAUAUUGACAGAUUAUUAUUUUCAAAAAAAGUAAUAACCAAUUGGAGGGGACUCGGGGCACUUUUUCCACACAGUUUUCACUCGUGCUGGAGAAAUGUUAUGUAAGGAAGCAGUUCGUGUUGAAGCCUUCAUUGUUGAAGUUGAAGUGGAUGAUUGUUAAAAAGAGUAGCUUACGUUGUAUAGAAAAACUAUCCCUUAAAGUGUUUUCAUUCAUAAAUAAAUUAAACAUUUGUUUUGAA